AUGAUAACAAAGUACUCAUCUGCUCUAAGAAAUGGGCUGUCCCUGAUCAAGCCUGAUAAGUUCGUCUUACAAGCAGCAAUAUUCCGUUGCAAGCGAGCAAUGUGUUCUCAAGCGCCUAACGUUCAAUCCGAAUCCUGGGAAGAAGAGAGGCUCCCGUUCUAUAGGCCAGAGCAAUUUUAUCCCGUGCAUAUCGGUGAAUUACUGAAUUCAAAAUACCGGGUUGUGGGAAAACUUGGUUACGGCUCUUACUCUACUGUAUGGCUAUGUCAUGAAAAGAGUGAAAAAAAAUACGUGGCUGUUAAAGUCUUGACCAAUAGUCUUCCAGAGCGAACUCUAUCUGGAGAGUUGGGCAUCUAUGAACACUUGAGCAAUCUGAAGACGUCCCAUACCGGAAGUGCCUAUAUUCGCGGCUUGUAUGAUACUUUCGACCUUUUAGGUCAGGACGGCAUCCAUCGAUGUUUGGUGCAACCACCAAUGCAUAUGUCCUUACAUGAGCUCCGAAUGCGUUCUACGUCCCAGAGACUUGACGAGUUUUUAUUCAAACAAACCUUGCUAUGUAUCCUACGGGCUCUUGAUUUCCUUCAUAGGGAAGCGAAUGUUGUUCAUACCGGUAUGUCCUCCAUUACAGCUGAUAGGCGGGAAUAUUUCUUAGAGAUGACUUAUGGCGUUAUAGACAUCAAAGCUACGAACAUCAUGCUUAGCAUCGAUGAUAAAUCGAUACUAGAAGACUUUGAAAAAGCCGAGCAACAAAGCCCAAGUCCAAAGAAAGUUGUGGAUGAGAACCGUACAAUAUACACUUCACGAAGACUGCGCCUACCUAAUGACAAUUUAUGGGGUCAGCCAGUCCUCUGUGACCUUGGACAGGCCAGGAUCGGACAUGCUCACAGGGGAUUGAUCCAGCCCGAUAUUUAUAGGGCCCCCGAGGUACUUUUUGACAUGGGAUGGGGUCAUAGUGCUGAUAUCUGGAACCUUGGAGUCAUGGCGUGGGAUAUUUUUGAAGGGAGACAUUUAUUCAGUGCGCUUGAUGAAGACCAGGAAUACUCGCCGUCCCACCACGUAGCUGAGAUGGUGGCUUUUCUUGGGCUGCCGCCGUUGUCCUUCAUCCAGCGAAGUGAAGAAACUCGCCAUGUAUUUUCAGAGAAAGGCGAAUGGCUAGGCGCGGGCGGUGUCACCAUUCCGGAUACUUCCCUUGAGAGAUUAGAGGAGUAUCUCAGCGGAAACGGCCAGCAAUCUUUCCUACAGUUCAUACGAUCGAUGUUGCAAUGGAUCCCUGGGAACAGAAAGACAGCAAAGGAGCUAUUGAAUGACUCUUGGCUUAAUUCGUAG